UCAGUCCUGCUGUGUUAUUAGUGGUGCCGAGAGCGACCUUCCCCCGUGGGGGUGCCCGGUGGCCGUGAGGAGGAGCGUGUUUGUCAUUUCCAGAGAGCGCUUGCUUGCCUGUCUGCGGGGCUGGGGACGUGCCUGGCCCCUGAGCUCACUCCCAGCGCCGUGACUCAGGGCGCGGGCACGCCGGGAAUGUAUUAAUAGCUAUUGCUUUCUAUCGCCUGCCUAUCAAGUAGUGCCUUAUCAGAAAAUAGAUCGGGCUGGCGAGGCUGCCUGCGUGUUGUUUACAGCUCCUGGGGUCUGGGCGGUAUUUCCCUGAGCGCCGUCCGUCCGUCCGUCUGUCCGGCACUGAGCACGGCUCUGGGCAGCACGGCCGCGCGCUCCUCUGAGUGUCCCAGAGUGAUGAAGGCUGAGGAUGAUGCUGAGGAUGGGGAGAGCACCCUCGGGGAGCCGAGCUAAGUGAGGAUGGAGCAGGAGGAGCCGCGGGCGGCGCAGGACAGCGGUUCCUCGCCGUGAGCGGAUGUCACCGGGCUGGUGGCUCCUGGCACCUCGAGUUCAGCAUGAUUUGUUGGUUCUCUUGUGCAGCCAAGGACACACUGAACCCAGACUGGAGCAAGUACGAUGACAGGCUAAUGAAGGCAGCUGAGAGGGGCGAUGUGGAGAAGGUUUCAUCCAUCCUGGCCAAGAAGGGGGUCAGUCCCACCAAGCUGGACGUGGAGGGGAGAUCCGCAUUCCAUGUUGUAGCAUCAAAGGGAAACCUGGAUUGCUUGAACACCAUCCUGGUGCACGGAGUUGAUAUCACAGCCACUGAUGCUGCAGGCAGAAACGCCCUGCACUUGGCUGCCAAGUAUGGCCAUGCUUUGUGCUUGCAGAAGCUCUUGCAGUACAAUUGUCCGACAGAGAAUGUGGAUCUCCAGGGAAGAACUGCUCUUCAUGAUGCAGCCAUGUCGGACUGCUCCGCCAGCAUCCAGCUGCUCUGCGACCACGGCGCCGCCGUCAACUCCAAGGACGGGGACGGGAGGACACCGCUGGUGCUGGCCACGCAGAUGUGUCGCCCCACGGUGUGCCAGCUGCUCAUCGACAGGGGGGCCGACGUCAAUGCCAGGGACAAGCAGAGCAGGACUGCCCUAAUGUUGGGCUGUGAAUAUGGCUGCAAGGAUGCCGUGGAGGUGUUGCUCAGGAAUGGUGCUGAUGUUGGUUUGACUGAUGGCCUUGGCCAUGACUGUGCUUACUAUGCCAGGAUUGGGGACAAUAUUGACAUUUUGGCUUUAAUAAAAGCUGCCGUUGAGGACUCCAGCAGAGGAAGAGACAGCAUCAAGAGAGGGCAGGCUGAGCAAAAGGUCUCCAGCGUGUCCCAGAAGUGGGGCCGGGGCUAUGGAGCACAGGAGGAGCUGCAGCUGUUCCAGAAGGAGCCCAGCACUCAGGACUUGGAGCUGGAAAACCAAGAUUUGAAGGAUCGAAUGAGGGAAGUGCAGGAGGAGCAGAGGAUGCUGCUGGACAGAAUCAGUGGGCUACAGCUGCAGCUCACUGAGAAAGAUGAGUUGAAGAAAAUCCUGACUACCAAGGAAAAGCAGCAGGAAGAAAGUUUAAGGACUAUUGAAGCUCUCAAAGCUAAACUCAAGUAUUAUGAAGGUGACUCUGCGGGGUCUGGAGGUAACUUUGGAAACAGAAAAGAAGAUUUAUUACUUAAACAAGGCCAAGCAUUUGCAGUGGAAUCCCAGUCCCGGUCGAUGCUGAGGCCCCUGGAGCUGUCCCUGCCUAGCCAGUCGCCCAGCUCCGAGAAGGAGACUUUGAAGAAGGAGCUGGAGAGCCUGAGGAGCAGCUUUGGUGCAGCCAAGGAGGAGAUCAGCAAGCUGCAGAGGGAGCUGGCCCUGAAGGCCUCGGAGUGCAGAGCUCUGGUCUCAGAGUGCGAGAGGAGCAAGGCCGAGUCUGACAGCCAGGUCAGGCAGCUGGAGGACGCCCUGAAGGACGUGCAGAAGAGGAUGUUCGACUCUGAGGGCAAGGUGAAGCAGAUGCAGAGCCACUUCCUGGCUCUCAAGGAGCACCUGGCCAGCGAGGUGGCCUCGGGGAGCAGCAAGGUGACGGAGGAGCUGAAGGAGCAGCUGCGGGAGAUGAAGGCCAAGUACGAGGGAGCCUCUGCCGAGGUGGGGAAACUGAGGAACCAGAUCAAGCAGAACGAGUUGCUGGUGGCAGAAUUCCAGAGGGACGAGGGCAGGCUGGUGGAGGAAAACAAAAGGUUGCAGAAGGAGCUGGUGAAGUUGGAGGUGGAGCGAGAUAAAAGGGGCAGGAAUGUCACGGAGUUGGAAGGGCAGCUCAGAGAGACGGCGGCCAAGCUGGCCCAGUCUGUGAGCGCAGAGCAGUUUGAGAACAUGAAGGGUUUGCUGUCAAACGAGGUGAAUGAGAAGGCAAGGAGGUUAGCAGAGGUGGAGGGGGAGCGGGAGAAGCUGCAGGCAGAGCUGGUGCUGUUACAGAGGGAGUCUGAGAGCCAGAGAGCUCAGCUGGCACAGCAUGUGAAGGCAGAGGAGCACGAGCAGAUGAGGAGUGGGUUUGAGCUGAGGAAAGAGGAGCUGGGGAAGGCAAUUUCUGAGCUAUCACAGAAGAAUGAGACUCUGCAGAAGGAACUUGAAAGAUUGCAGGCUGAUAACAAGGUGCUGAAGCAGCAAGUCCAAAUGCUAAAAACUGAAAUUAAAAGCCAGAAUGUGCCUUUAAAAAUUCAUGAGGAGUUGAAGAAAGCAAACGAUCUGGCUGUGGGUGACCUGACAAAAAAGCUUUUUGAAAUAACAAAGAAGUACAAUGAAAGCAAAGCAGAAGCUGAAAAGUUGCUGGCAGAGAAGAACAACUUAAAUGAGAAUAUCAGCCACUUGCAAGCUGUGUACCUGUCUCCGGAGCAGCACAAGAAAGAGCUGGAAGCUUUAAAAUCUAAUGGGAUUGAGCUUGAGAAGCAGCUUGCUGAGCUUCAGAAGAAAUAUGAUGAGGAGCAGGCAAAAGUGGGCAAACUGGUGGCUGAGAACACAGGCUUGAGGGAGACCCUGAGGGAUCAGUACGUGCUGGCCACCACGCACGAGGAGGUUAAAACUGUCCUCAGCAGCACCCUGGAAAAGACCAAUGGGGAGCUGUCAGACCUGAAGGGCAAAAUUGGAGAGAUAAAGCAGGAGUUCCUGAGGGUAAACGAAGAAAACGGAGCUUUAAAAAACAAGGUGAAACUCUUACAGAACCAAUUAAAAACGGAGUAUAUCAGUUUAAAGGAUCAUGAAGCCAUGGUAAAUACUUUAAAUAAAAGCGUGCAGGAGCUGCAGGAGAGCAACGCUGCCGUUAGGGCUGAGCACCAGAGGGGGCAAGAUGAAAUCUUACAGUUGCACGCAGAAAUUGAAGCGCAGAAGAAGGAACUGGACACGAUCCAAGAGUGCAUCAAGUCGAAGUACGCCCCGGUGGCCUCCUUUGAGGACAGAGAGCAGAGCCUGGAGGGCACGGUGCAGGAGCUGAGGGCACAGCUGCAGGAGCAGCAGCAGAGGUGCAGGGGCAGCGAGGAGGAGGCGCAGAGGUGCAGAGAGGAGAGCGAGCAGCUCAGGAGCGGGCUCCUGUCCAUCCAGAACGACCUGCAGCACAACUACGUGCUGGCGGAGAAAUGCCACCAGCUGGAGAGGCUGUGUGCCAGCAGCAUGGAGGAGCUGGGGCAGCAGCUGAGGGCCCUGCUGAGGAAGCACACGGGGCACGAGGGGCGGCAGGACGGGGCCGUGGCUCACGAGGUGCCGGCGGAGCGGCUGCAGGCGCUGAGGGAGGCUCUGGGCCGCACUGUGGAGGAGCUGCAGCAGGCCCUGAGCAGCAAGGAGGAGCGAUACCGCGAGGAAACGCUCCGAGUCGGGGAGCUGCAGCAGGAGCUGGCCCAGCUGAAGGAGUCCUCGGUGUCUCUGGUGGAGUACACCCAGCUGAAGGAAGGGCUGGAGGGAGAAAUGGCGGCUGUCAAGCGCGGCCUGGAGGAAAAGGAGGCGGAAACGCGGGCGAAGAGCGAGGAGGUGCUGAGGCUGCAGGAGGAGCUGCGGCGGAGCCAGCAGGCCCUGGCAGAGCUGCAGAGCCAGGAGGUGGUGGCCGUGGCAGAGUACAGCUCCAUGAAGGCUGCCCUGGAGGCCCAGGUGAGCAGCAUGGCCGGCCACCUGGCCAGCAUGAGCCACAAGUACGAGCAGGCCUGCGAGGAGGCCCUGCAGGCCAGGAGGAGCGAGCUCUCCCUCAAGGACGAGAAGGAGCUGCUCCAGCUCAGGAGCUGCAGCAUCGAGCAGGAGAUCAAGGACCAGAAGGAGAGGUGUGACAAAUCGCUGACAACCAUUAUUGACCUGCAGAAGAGGAUCCAGGAGUCUGCCAAGCAGGUGGAAGCCAAGGACAACAAGAUAACAGAGCUGCUGAACGACGUGGAGCGGUUGAAGCAGGCUCUCAGCGGCCUGUCCCAGCUGACAUACACCACUGGGAUCCCCUCCAAGAGGCACAACCAGCAGGUGGAACUGCUCCAGAGCCAAGUGAAAACACUCCAGCAGCAGCUGGCUGACGCCACCCGGCAGCACCAGGAGGUGGUGGCAGUGUACAGGACACACCUGCUCAGCGCUGUCCAGGGUCACAUGGAUGAAGAUGUGCAGGCUGCCCUGCUGCAGAUCAUCCGCAUGAGGCAGGGCCUGGUCUGCUGAGGCUGCUGAGCCUGGGGAGUGAGAACUGCAGGGCCCUCGUGCUGAUACUGAAUUGGUGAUGCUGGUAAAGCUGCACUCACAGCCUCCCAAUACCAAACAACUCUCCAAGCUGAAGCAUUUUCUCCUCAUCAAACACUAAACCAGGGCUAUGGCGUUUCAGGCCUGGCGCUUUUUUCAUGAGAUGGAUAACAUCUUCUAAAACUGUCAAAAUGAUGACAUAGAGGUUAAAUUAUUUUAAUGUCUGAUUGACCACUUGUUAAAGCAGGACCUAUACCCAGAAGCUCCAGCUGAUCCUUGAACUUGAACUCUCAUGGGAUGGUUAAAAAUAAACUGUGCAGAGCAGUGUGGCUGAGUGUUGUAGCUGUGGAUGUCCCUUAAUGAUUAAGAGAAAGUGGCUCAUUUGUCACACUGGCUGAGCAGGAUGUGCUGUGACACACACAGGAAGGUGUUUUGCUGUCUCUUGUAACUUGGCUGGCCAAGUUACAGCCUUUAUUUAAUAUAUAAGCUUAAGAUUUAGUGCCUUCGCUUCUACAAGACUUAAAAAAAUCAGGUUUUCCAUCCAAACACUAACACUCCCUGCCCCCAAAGUGUCCCUGAAUGCUUCAGUCCUGACUCCUGCAGGCUGGAGUGGCCUGGUUUGGGGAGCAGCAGUGCCAUGGUCCUGCUGCUGCUGCACAAUUUCAUUCCUCGUCAGGGUGGGACUGAGCAGCUCAGUGGGGCAGCUCAGGUACUGCAUUUUCAAACACCAGCUCAUGGAAGUCUGAGCUGGAAAUGAUGUGCUUUAAUCUUAUUUAUGGGGGAAGAUGUCAGUAGUGAGGAUUAAUGGAAGGAGAAUUUUAAUUGCUGGAAUCUCCCCAUGAAACAAGGCUUCAUUUUUAACUGAAGGAUGGUUUCCAUAAGGAAGUUUUAUGGAAAAAAAAAAAAACCAUGAAAUUUGUUACUGUUCAAGGGAAGUCUUUGAAAAAUGAGCCUGUUAAGGAUCAGGGCUGUUUAAAUUGAGUACCAGUGAGUGCUGACCUCAGUCUGCUUUUUAAAAGCCUUUGCUGAUAACCACCAAGGGGGAAUGUGGCAUCCUGAUGCAGAAAAGCCAAACUUCCUCUCCAAGUUCCUGAAAAAUGAGGGCUGAAGUCAGAGUUCCCUGCUUUGUGGUGUUUGGGCUCCCCCAGCUGCCCCUCCAGGCCUUGGGCUCCUUUUUUUACACUAGAGUUGUGUUUAUCUCCUUUUAUUUUCUCCCUUUUUGGGCAGAGUCUUGUAGGAUUGAAGAGGCCACAUGGAGGCUCCAGACAGUGAUGGAUGUGCAGGGCAGUUUUUAUAUAGAAAUACCCUUAAUAUAUUUACUAAAUAUGUGUCUGUAGUAAAACAGAUCUGCUGCUGCUUUCCUUUAGUUUCUUAGAGGACUAUUACAGAAAACAUCUCAGAGUAAAGAGUUACUUUUUAGCCAAAUUCUUUUAUGAUUGCAUUACUUGAAAUUUAUUGGAGAGGAUUUGUUUUGUUGUACUAACUGGCCUAUUUUGAUACUGUGUUUCCUUAUCCAGGGAGUCCUAGGUAUGUUUUUCUAAAUCUCUCCCAUAUUACAACAUCAAUAAAAUGGUUUCUUCUUUUU